AUGGACAAAGAAACCGAACUCCUUUCUCGCCUAGCAGCGAACCAUCUCCACUUAGCUCAAUUCGAGCCAUUACGAGCCAUCCUCACAUCUCUCCGCACCAAAAACCCUGACCUCGCUCUCGCAGUCCUCCAAACCAUAGUAUCCAACUCCGGCCGAUUCGAUAACCUUCUCUGGUCCCAAUCUUGCCCAAAUCCAUCACUUCUCACAUUUUUAUCAACCCUAGAACUCUUACAAUUUAACAAUCCAACUUCGCAUACAUGGCGUUUCGAUUCCGUUAUGCUUCGGUUGCGUGUAGAGUUUUUGUUGUUGAUUCAACUUUUGAUUGAUCGCGCGACGGAGAGUUUGCGAAAGAAUGUCGAUCUUGAUAAGUUUGAGAAAGAGGAGGAGGAGGAGAGUGGUGUGGAGGAGAGUUCUGGAGGAAGAAAGGAAGAAGAGGAGGUGGUGGAGGAGGGGUAUUUGGGUAAUUUUGAAGGUUUGAAGGAUGAGAGUGGUGAAUUAGGGGUUUUGGAUAAGGUUUUGGAGUUUGGUGUGAAGAGAUUGAAGGGAGAUGUGGAUUUGGAUGGGAAUGAAGUGGAAGGGAGAGAGAGUGGAGAGCGUUCUGGUUUGGGCGGUGUUGUGGAAAUUGACGAAGCGGAAAUGAUGAGUUUGAGGAAGGUGAUUUUGGAUAACGCUAAUGUUUUUGAUGCGUUGUGUUCGAAUGUAGAGAGGCAAAUGAAGGGAAUGGAGGUUGAGAAUGAGAAUUCGGGUUUGGAGAUAACGUUGAGGGGGAAGAGCGUGAGAGAGUGGAGGAAAAGGAGGAGGAGGAGGGGUGUGUCGAGGUGUUUGGUUUGA